CAUUGUGAGGUGAGGGAAAAGAUAAUGAAGCAUCUACCCAUUCCUAACUGGCUGACCCAGCUUGGUCUCCCAGAAUAUUGCACGCUCUUUGGACAAUAUGAUGGCGUAGAGGACCUACUCCAUCUUACAGAGGUUGAUCUUAGGAAAAUGGGAAUUGGAAAUCAAGUCCAUCGAACACACAUCAUUUCCAAUAUCCUGCUGCUUCAGGAAAUAGAAAAAAAGAGAGAACCAAGAAUGAUAGCUGCAGGAAAGUUUGCAAGUCUUCACAGAAAUGUCCCAAUGAACCAUCAGUUCUCAUUAGCUUCUUCCAUGGACCUUUUGACGAGCAAACCCUCACUGGCUGAGCCUUGCACAGAUUCCUUUCAAGACAUCUCUAUUCAUGGCACUCUCCCCAGGAAGAAGAAGGGAACAAUUCCCGUUGGGUCUUGUGAUGUGUUUAGCCACAUGGGAACGUUGCCAUACACCAGGAUACACCGGCAGCAGCCGUCUUUUGUACAGGGUGUCAUAGAAGAAUAUCCUCUGCAAGAUGGGCAGAGCAACAAACUCCAUGUCAGAGAUCAGAAUAUCCUGGAUCCUACGUUGGAGUAUGUUAAGUUUUCUAAAGAGAGGCAGCUUAUGGACAACAGCCCAGAAAAACUGAAGAAGGAGUUAGAGGAAGAACUGCAGCUGAGCAGUGAAGACUUGCGUAGCCAUGCCUGGUACCAUGGACGUAUUCCACGGCAGGUGGCAGAAAGCCUGGUUCAGAGAGAUGGAGAUUUUCUGAUUAGGGAUUCGCUCUCCAGUCCUGGGAACUUUGUUCUUACAUGUCAAUGGAAAAAUAUCUCUCAGCAUUUUAAAAUCAACAGAACAGUUCUAAGACUCAAUGAAGCCUACUGCCGUGUUCAGUAUCAGUUUGAACUUGAAAGCUUUGACAGCAUCCCUGGCUUAGUUAGAUACUAUGUUGGGAAUCGCACACCAAUAUCAAAGCAGAGUGGAGCAAUUAUUUUUCAGCCUAUCAACAGGACUGUGCCUCUCCGAUGUCUAGAAGAAAAGUAUGGUGCACCUCCAGUCCGACAAAAAGAACCAAAUAUCCCUGAAGGAAAAACAGAGACUGCAAAAAGGCUGAGUCUUGGUAUAUCCAGCAUGCAGUCCCAGGAGCAGAGCUUACGCUGCGGAAAUCUUUUGAGAAACAAAGAAAAAAGUGGUAGCCAGCCAGCUAGUUUGAAUCAUGUCCUGGAGAAAAAGUUCCCCCUAAAAGCUCAUCAGUCGGAGAGCUAUCUGACAAUAGGUACAAGACAUCGUUCUCAGUUGCCUGAAGCGGAUGCAAACUCCUGUCCAUGCUCUCCUGCGUUUAGAACAGGCAGUGAGCCUUCUCUAAGUCCCACAGUUGCUCAGAAAGUCACCUCCGAAUCACCUGUAGGGGAAGCUCUUAGAGGAUCAGACAGUCAGCUCUGUCCAAAGCCUCCACCUAAGCCCAGCAAAGCGCCCUUGCUGAAGCCCCCAGAAUCUCCUUCAGCCUCACACAGUUCAGAAGGACACUAUUGUGAACUAAGCCCUGCCAGAGAUCUUGCAGCCACAAAACAACCUUUUUGUCAGAAAAACAGCUAUGUGGAAUAUCUGACACUAAAGGAGAGGGGAACACGCUCAUUCAGGAACUCUGAAACAAGCUACUUGAUCCUGGAAGAUAAUCCUAUAAUGAGCUCUGCAGAUUGUUUAGAAGCUUCAACUGAGAUGGCUGAAGAAGACAGCCUGUUUUUUGCACCUGUUCUUGAGACAGUGUCUAGUUUUAAACCGAAUGAUUUUGAAUCCAAACUACUUCCUUUUGAAAAUAAGCCAUUGGAAACAUCAAUGUUAAAAAAGGUUAAGGAGCUAUUUACCAACAACAGUCCAAAGAUUAUUGCCCAACAUAUUCUUAGAACGGACUGCAAGGUGGCUAGGAUACUGGAAGUUUCCGAAGAGAUGAGGAAGGUCAUGGGAGUGAACUCUGGUCUUGAACUGAUUACGUUGCCUUAUGGACAUCAGCUGCGCCUUGACCUAAUUGAAAGGCAUAAUACCAUGGCAAUAGGAAUAGCUGUGGAUAUCCUCGGUUGCACAGGAAAUCUAGAAGAUAGAGCUGCAACAUUAAACAGGAUCAUCCAAGUAGCGGUGGAGCUGAAGGACUCAUUGGGGGAUUUGUAUGCAUUUUCUGCUAUUAUGAAGGCACUAGAAAUGCCACAGGUCACUAGGUUAGAACAAACUUGGACUUCUCUAAGACAUCAUUACACUCAGACUGCCAUUACAUAUGAAAAACAGCUGAAGCCAUUUAGUAAAGCUCUGCAUGAAGGACAAGAGACCAUUGGUGCUCCACAGAACAACAUAACAGUGCCACUGCUGAUGCCUCUUGUUACCUUGAUGGAGCGGCAAGCUGUCAUUUUUGAAGGGAUGGACCUGUGGGAAAGCACUGACCAAAGCUGUGAAAUAAUGCUCAAACACUUGGCCACCGCUCGGCAGAUAGCACAGAAUGCAGAAACGUACCGGGUGACUGCAGAGCAGAUGCUGGAAGGUUUCCAGCCAGACGAAGAGAUGAGUGAGAUCUUCAAGACAGAAUUUCAAAUGAGAUUGCUCUGGGGCAGCAAAGGAGCACAAGUUAAUCAAAAUGAAAGAUACGAAAAAUUCAGCCAGAUUUUAACUGCACUUUCCCGAAAACUGGAACCUCCUCCAGUGAAGCAGGUGGAACAACUAAAUAUCUAAGAGUCUGUAAACUAAAUGCUAAAUUUGAAAUAACUGUUGCUUUCCUUUUGGCAAUUUGAUACUGCACAAACCUCUAGCAUUUCACAAGAUGUUUAGAACUUCAACUGCACAAUGCACACUUGUUUUAAAACUACUGAUUACUAAACAAAUUAUUUAUUUACUGUGUCACCAAGUCAUUUUAUGAUCCUUUGAAUGAUUAAGAUUACUCCUGUAAGACAGUCUUACAGCUUUCCAUGUUUUCCCCAAACUUGUAACGUUUUAAUAUCUAGGAGGAGUUAGGCAUCUUAAAGAUAUUAAAAUGAAGCAAAUAAAUAGUGUAAAUAAAGGUAUAGAUUAAGUAUGUGA